CCGCGUGGGUCCAUCGGAAUAUCAACAUCAGCCGUUUCGUCCAAUUCCAACAGCCUUCGUAGUUCACUGCGUGCCAGUGCGUGCUAUUGUGAUCUUACUAUUGCGGCAUUGCAACAGACAUUUGGAAAAAGUUACCCGAUACAAGCAGUAGAGAAUUGACUAGUAGUUAACUGCUCUUGUACGGUUUAUCAUUUGUCGUAUUACAUUUUACCGUCUGCAGUAAUAUUUGUAUUGAGUUAAUAUGAGGAAUCUCGGUCUAUAUCUCUCUAUUUUUCUGCUAACGUGGAAAAUCGUGACAUGCGAAGAGAAUGAAGCCGAAGACCCGGUGUCUAUGACCAGGCACAACGAAGACAAAAAAGACACAUAUUUCGUGGAUCCAUACUCGUUUGAUUACGAUAGAGCAAACAAAAAGAUGGCCAGCGGGCAAGUGGUUCAGUUUCCACGAACUGAAGAAAAUUUUAUCAACGACGAUCAAUGUCAGCGAGACUUGAAACGGUGCAAAGAUACCCUUGAGAAGAUUGAACCUGAUGGACUCUUUGCCAAGCGACUUAUUAAUCUGUUGCUUUCAAAUGCUAAGUUUAAGGAAAAUGGUGAGCUGCUGAGUGGCUCCAUAUUUCUAUCUGGAACCAAAGAACAAAUUCAAAAAAUCCGAGAAUAUGGCAAUGGGAAAAUUACAAUGCGUCAAGUCGAUGCUAUCUUUACUGACAUUAUUAAGUCAACUAGUAAUGUAUUCACUGAGGUUCUUUCGGUAAUUGACCAGUUACUUGUCACCUAUCGUCAACAUGAAAAGAUCUUUACAACAGUGUUUGCAUCUUCAGCAAUACUCCUAUUCAUCAAACUUACAAACUGGACUACUGGGAAAGUUAUCAUUACCUUUAUUGCAAUUGGCUUUCUGAUCAGCUAUAUUAUGAUGUGGUCACAGCUUUUAAAGGAAGCUGAAAUUAAACACUUCACAGCAGGAAGAAUACAUAAACAACCACCCAUCCAGUGCGAGCCAGAAAAAAUGGGUACUUGGCACAGAAUCAUGGGUUACUUCGAUGGAACGGAUAAAUGCUUUGAGUAUUACAAAGCUAUCGAUUACGAUCCCUAUCACGAAGUCACUCCAGUGGAUGUACUCGUCGAGUUUUCAGAUCGACUGAUGUUACAACCAAUUGCGCGAUUUGGAUCUGGAAUCAGUCUUUUCAUUGACAAUUCCACCAAGCACUUGGGCUUUGGAAUGAGAUGGACCGUCACAAUUCUCCUUUAUGCUGCUAUUGUUAUAUUUAUCAUCUUGCUGCCUUUUUCUAUAUUUGGCGGUGCUUUUCGUGUCUGGUUUGGUCCAUUCGGGAUGUCUUUAGGAAAAUCAAUCACAAAUCAGAGUCACACACAACAAAUACACAUGGUAGAGCAGCGGGAACCUGUAAAAGUUAUUAAGCAGAUCAACUUUGACAGUGGGUCACAAAAACCAGCCUUGAGUACAUCUGCUCACACUGUAAGCAGUAAUGAACUAGCAAAAGUUGAGGGCAAAGCCGGAAAUGAGGAAACAACGGAGAAACAAUCAAGUUUUAGUACUAUGUGCAAAGCAUGUUGUAGCAAAGAUAUAUCCAGUUUGAAUGACUCACAUGUGACAGAGGGUGAAGAUCUGGUGAAUGAAUCGACGAAAAGUGAAGUUCGAAAAAAUGAGAAAGGAGACGGCGACUGUUGAACUAUACUAAUUGUUUCUCAGAUAUUUAACAUUUAUUAAUAGUACUACCGAAGUAAUGAAUAGUAGAUUUUUUAACGGCAAUUUAGGUAUUAUUAUUAUUACUAUUAUUAUUGCCUGUUACAAGGGAACCUGUUAUACCUUGGAUCUAUUUUCGGUUUCGAUUUAUUUAGAAAUCAGGCUGUGCAGAUGAUAAUGCUAACCGAAUUGAAUGUUAUUCUCUCGGGCCUUAGGCAUGUUAUAAAUUUGGAACAUUAAUUACAUAUUACGAUUUUACGUUUUUUGGGUCUUUUCUAGAAAAGUAGAUUAGGACUCAAGGUACACCCAGGUAAAGUCCAAUCUGACCCACCUAAUUUUAGCAGGGCAUAAACAAGGUUGGCAGCAGUAGCAUCUAAGUUACGUCUAUUGAAUAACACACGCUGUAUCUGCUUAAUGCACCACUGCGAUUGGUUAGAUACUGUCGGGACACAAAAAAAUUUGUUUUUUUAAUCAUGCGACUAUGUUUUCCUUGGUAGUAUGUACCUACCUAUUUAAUAUCUGGUGAUCACAUCAAAACACAUGUUGUUGGUAAAUUAUGAACAAGUUGUAUUGAUAAUAAUAACUAUGAUAUAUGUAUACUAACAUAAUAUUAUCGUAAAGUAUUUAAAAUAACGAAAAUUUCGGGAAUUGUGGUGUAAGGUAAAUGUAUUAGUUGCCAGCCACAGAUAUUUUACCACAGAAAUAAAUUAGCUGUACACUUGUUAGAAGAAUCAA